AUGCCGGGUAUAGCUGUAAGUAGUGGUCUCUUUGGCGCACGUGUUCCACAACCACCGCCAUCUAAUGUGCGUGAGACCUCUUUUUUUUUUUUUUUCUUUUUUUCUAUUUGCAUUCACUCAUGUCUUUAUUUUAUUUUUGGUGUGCAUUUUCAUAUUUUCAGCCAAUUUUAUCGGGGAAGACUUCAAGAGAGAAAAUUAUUUAUUUUAUUAUUAUUAUUAUUAUUUACUGCGCCUGUCUCUCUCUAUUUGUUUGCUUUUUCUGUUCCUGUGGUAACUGGUCAGCCUUUUCCUCAAUCUCUGACGCACACACACACAAACUUGUGCAGUCUUUUUUGUUGUUCUCAUAUUUAUUUUCUUCUUUUGUUGUGGUUGAGACUUUUCUUCUUGCAGCUCGUAAGGGGCGCGGCAAUGCCUAGUCGCGCGGUUCUUCGAAAAAAGGCUCGACGCGAGUCGAAGCAUCGCAGGCUCGAGGCUGAAGAUGCGGCCGUUGACGCUGCGUUGCUCGCCUGUCAUGGGGCGCAAUCCCACUUACCGCUUGGAGCGGGAGAGACGGAGAAUGGAGUAGAGACGGCGGCAAGGAAGCGCCCCCGCAACGUCGCAGUUGUGGAGGCGGCUGCAGAGACGGUCGAGUCGAUGGCGGGGAUGAGCCGCAAGGAGCGCAAGCGUUUUGAGGCCAAACAGCGAUUUGAACGGCAGCUGGCGAGGCUCAACGCGGCAGUGGGGAAGGAGGAGAACACCACCGCAACCAAAACUGAAACCGCGAUGCAGGCUGCAGAGGCGGGGACGGACGCCUUGUCUCCCACGCGGGGAGAAACGUUGCGACAUGAUCCAAAGUUUAAAAAUGGAACCUUUUGGCGUAUGCGAAAGGAGCGACGUGGAAGGACGGUCUUUCUUGGCAAUAUGCCUGCAAGGUUCACUGUACAGGAGGUGAAGGACUUUGUGAGCUCCGUAUUUGACGCGUACUGUGCACGGAAAAAUGAGGACGUGAAUAAGGCGGACGAGGAAAGGGAGGAGAUUAGUGUGGGCGUCGCCGUUGUGGAUUUGGUUGAUUUUCUUCCAGCGCCGCCGCGGGUGAAGCACCGCCACAUGUUCGUGACGCUCCAGUCAAAGGAAGUUGCAGAGCAAGUCGUUAAGCUUUUGGAUGCGUACAAGUUGGAUGGUGUCACGCUGCGGUGUAACUUUGCCUCUGAUAAGGCGCAGCGAGGAGAAGCCAUUCGUCGUCGAUUGGCUGCCCCCCGUGUUCGCUCCUAA